UCCAAUCUUACUUGCCUUCAAGUUUACAUGCUGAAAAAUACUGACCUUUCUCAUUCUUUAUUUACGUCUAGAACAGCAAAAAACCCCUAAAUCCAUCUCUGCUAAGUAGUUCAACAGAUAAAUCACAGGGAAGGGUGUUAUGUAAGCUCGGGCAAGCCCGUUGUAUUCGUAGUUCACAGUCAAUGUUACUCCUGACGUCCGCAUUCUACACUAUGGACAUAGUUGCCGAUAUACAAGUUUUGUACAAAGACAAUAAAUGGAGGGAAAUAGUGGCUCGGUACCAUGAUCAUCCAGAAAGGAAUAAAGUCUUGUGGGUGUACCCUAGUGAAGAAAACUUUAGUUUUGUUGAGAAUUGCUUGGCGGAGUUACGCUGUGACAGGAUCGUGAGCAUUGGCUGUGGCAGCGGACUUCUUGAGUGGAUGAUCACUCAAGCAACUGGCGUGCCAGUUUCGGGCAUUGAAGUAGACGGGGCGUGGUGGAGCUGCAAGUACGCCCCGCCAAACUUCAUACCACUGCAUAUCACACCUACGGAAAUGGACAAGGAGACAAUCUCUUUAGUUCAGAGAAACAAAAAUGCUGCUCUACUCUUUUGUUACUUUAACAAUCGAAAAGCUUUUGAUGACUACCUCAAAUAUUACGACGGCAACGUGCUGAUCAUCAUCGGUCCUCACGAGAAAGGGGUCCAUACAGACCCCAAACCAUUCAAUGACGUCACUGACAUUUGGACCCUCUACAAGUACCAAGAAAUAAGAAACAGCGGGGACUUCAUUGUAGUGUAUAAAAAACAAAACAUAUAA